UAUUUGACAUUUAAAGCCAAUUCAACGAAUGAGCGCUCGCUUUGGCUCAAAUCACUCGACGUCUCGAUAAGACAUUUCGGAGACGUUGAAAGACUUGAAUUGUCGUCCAAUAAAGCAAUAAAUGUGAGCAAAAUGAGAAAAAUUGGCCGAUUGUUCGUAACUGUGAUCGAAGGACUUCAGUUGACAUCAAAUAAUAACGUUUUGAACGCAUUUUGUAAGAUAAGUAUUGGUAAGAAUGAAGAGCACAUAUAUCACACCCAUUCCACAAAAGUGGUCCGAAGUAUGGCCACCAGUCCUACCGGUGACCGAUCACUGAUCUCACGCUCUUCGCCGUCGAUUGUGACAAAAAAUCAGUCAAACAUCGGAUCGAAAGCUAAUGUAUUU